GGCGUACGCCGGGUACCCCUCCCAGUUCGUGCCGGCCUUGGAUCCUACCAAGCCCGGCCUGGUGAGCAGCCAGCUGCCGGGGACUUUGGGCCUGCCCGGGAAACCGCCAAGUUCCAGCCCUCUCACCGGGGCCUCCCCGCCCUCCUUCAUGCAGGGAUUAUGCCGGGACCCCUAUUGCCUGAGCUACCACAGCGCCUCGCCCCUGGGCACCAGCAACUGCUCCAGCUGCGUGCACGACCCUGGCAGCCUGAAAAGCGGAUACCCCCUGGUGUACCCCACGCACCCCCUGCACUCCGUGCACACCACCCUGUCCUCCAGCGCCACCCCCAGCCUGCCCGGCCACCCCCUCUACACCUACGGCUUCAUGCUCCAGAACGACCCCCUGCCCCACAUAUGCAACUGGGUGUCAGCCAGCGGCCCCUGCGACAAGAGGUUUGCCACCUCGGAGGAACUGCUCACCCACCUACGGACCCACACGGCCCUGCCCGGGGCAGAGAAACUCUUGGCGGGAUACCCGACCUCGGGGCUUGGCUCUGCGGCCUCCUGCCACCUCCACCUCCCGCCCACCGCCCCCGGGAGCCCCAGCGCUCUGCCCGGGUCCCUGUCUUUGAGGAACCCACACACUUUGGGACUCAACAGGUACCACCCAUAUGGCAAGAGCCACUUGCCCACAGCCGGCACCCUCCCGGUGCACUCCUUGCCAGCAGCGGGACCUUACUACUCUCCAUAUGCGCUGUACGGCCAAAGACUCACAUCAGCGUCUGCGCUUGGAUAUCAGUAACUCGAGCCCCCCCGGCGUCUCGCCCUCCCUCCCGCGCCUUCCCUCCCUGGGACUGUGUAUUUAUUGACUGUAUGUUCGCUUCAAGCUGGGAAUAUAAGUGCAUUAAUACACCAAUGAAUCAAUGGUAUGCAAAAAGUCUGUGUCUAAAAAAAAAAAAUAUCCUUUGCAGGUGUGGGGCUUUUCUUUUCCUUUCUCUCUCCUCUCUUGGCUCUUCUUUUGACACAUCUGUUUGAUUUUGUUCCGCUCCCCUUUCUGGGAUGUUCUUGCAUGACUCCUAACACAUUAAUUUCCCCCUCCCACCUUUAUCAUUUUGAAAUUCCGUUUCUCUUUGGUUGUACAGUUAACCGAGAUGUAAUAUUUUUUUGUAAUGUAUUUUGGGGAAGGGGCAACAGCAGUGGUAGGGGGGCAGGAAGGGCAGCUGGGAGACCGUUGGGGGCAUUGCGCCUCCCCCCCUCGAGCUAUCUUCAUCCCAAAACGUGGCCCCCAGGGGCUGCCAGAAGCCAUCGCACCCUCUCCUGAGCCGGACAGUGGGCGGCUGCUCCCUGCUUCUUGCUGUACUUUGGAAAAGGACGUAGGACGUGCUAUCUGGAUUCCGCCCGGUGGUCCUCCAUCCGCUCCGGUAUCCUGGCUCCCGACUCCAGUCCUGCUCUCCCGUGCUCCGAACAUCCGCCUUGUCUUCCAGCACCAGUGGGUGCCGUACAGACGUAACUCUCGGGGGCACCCGUCAGCCUGGUCUCUGGACUCCCCUGCUCCCACGGAGUCACCCCCGUCCCAGGGGAAGGGGUCAUGGCUGGGUGCCAUUGUGGAUGACUUACUUUGGCUCACCGGCCCGCCCCGGGGCACCUGCUCAGAAUGCAAAGACGUGGAUUAUGAAUGUGGUGUCCGGGACUCGCUGAGGGGGUGGGAGGACGAGACCCUUCAGGACCGCCAGAAAUAGCCCGGAGAAGCUGCCCGGCCUGGUCCAAACUGGGUCAAUGAAUCCAGCACCAACUCCACCUUGCUCUGAUUCCUCCAGGCCCAGUCGACAUACCAAAAACCCCCCCUCCCCAAACCCCAGCUCUUCUUGACCUACAGGAAUGACCCCUGAAGGGCCCGCCCCCCGUCUAACGCAGCAGGGGAGGCUGCGGCUGGCUUGGGGUGAAUAGAGCUCCAUCUUGGUAAGUCUUAUUUUGUUAAUAAAUGAAUACUUGGUUAUAUUCA